AUGCCAGUGGCAGUAGAGCAACGCGAUGUGCCGGGCAUCGACUGCGCGCACCUGGCCAUGGACACGGAAGAAGGCGUGGAGGUGGUGUGGAACGAGGUGCAGUUCUCGGAGCGGAAGAACUUCAAGGCUCAAGAGGACAAGAUUCAGAUGGUGUUCGACAACCUCACGAGGCUCGAGCACCCCAACAUCGUCAAGUUCCACCGGUACUGGACCGACACACACAAUGACAAGCCGAGGGUGAUAUUCAUAACGGAGUAUAUGUCAUGCGGCUCGCUAAAGCAGUUCCUGAAGCGGACGAAGCGCAACGUGAAGCGGCUGCCGCUGCAGGCGUGGAAGCGGUGGUGCACGCAGAUCUUGUCAGCGCUCAGCUACCUGCACGGUUGCGUGCCGCCCAUCGUGCACGGCAACCUGACGUGCGACACCAUCUUCAUCCAGCACAACGGUCUCGUGAAGAUCGGCUCCGUCGCGCCCGAUGCCAUCCACCACCACGUCAAGACCUGCCGCGAGAACAUGCGCAACAUGCACCUUAUCGCCCCGGAAUACGGAUCAUCGCAAAUGGUGACACCAGCGAUGGAUAUCUACUCGUUCGGAAUGUGCGCUCUGGAGACCGCCGCUCUAGAGAUUCAGGGGAACGGAGACUCGGGCAGCCACGUCACGGAGGAGCACAUCGUGCGAACGGUCGAAUCCUUGGAGGAGCCGAGACAGAAGGAUUUCAUAUACAGGUGCAUUAACAAAGACCCGGCGCAGCGGCCCACGGCGCGCGAGCUGCUCUUCCACCCGCUGCUGUUCGAGGUGCACUCGCUGAAGCUGCUGGCGGCGCAUACACUCGUCAACACCACUGCGAACAUAUCGGAGACGAUAACGGACGAGGUGGCGGGCGGCGGCAGCGGCGAGGCGCUGGCGUGGUGCGCGCGCGGCGGCGAGCGCGUGGAGCUGGCCGCGCGCGACCUGCCGCCGCACGCGGAGAAGCUGGAGAAAUUCGUCGAGGACGUCAAAUACGGCAUCUACCCGCUGACGGCAUACGGCUGCGGCGUGGGCCGCGGCGUCGGCGGGCGGGCCGCGUCCCCGCUCGAAGCCGCGCCCGCCGCGCCCGCCGCCGACCCGCCGCCGCGCGACCUCGAGACCCGCCGCGUCGUCAACAUGAUGUGCAGCCUCCAGCCGCCGCCGCACCACCACCAGCCGCCCGACCUGCUGAUGACGAUCCUGCUGCGCAUGGACGACAAGAUGAACCGGCAGCUGACGUGCGCCGUCACGCGCCGCGACUCUGCGCACGCGCUGGCACGGGAGCUGGUGCAGCUCGGCUUCAUACACGAGGCGGACCGCGACAAGCUGUGCCGGCUCAUGGAGGACUCCUUACGCGGCAGCUUCGGCGACCCCGCGCCGCCCGCGCCCCUCCGCGCGCCGCAGCACGUCGCCAGCUAGUGCCCGCCCGCUGCAGUCGCGGGGCCAGGCAGCCGGGCCAACGCGCCUGCCGGGCCCGCGCGGCCUAGCACCCGGGCCGUAGCACCUGCGAGCCACAGUGUGGGACCCACGCGGGCCGCUACCGUCGUUGACUCCGCGGGGCCUAGCAACUGGGCCGUAGCACCUGCGAGCCACAGUGUGAGACCCACGCGGGGCGCAGCGGGGCCUAGCAACCAAGCCGUAGCACCUGCCGACUUAAGUGCGGGGCCCACGCGGGGCGCUACCGUCGUCGACUCCGCGGGGCCUAGCAACCGAGCCGUAGCACCUGCGAGCCACAGUGCCGGGCCCACGCGAGGCGCAGCGGGGCCUAGCAACCAAGCCGUAGCACCUGCCGACUUAAGUGCGGGGCCCACGCGGGGCGCUACCGUCGUCGAC